AUGUCAGAAGUCGCCUUCAUCAAAUCCUUCCUCUCUUCGCUCGACUCCCGCCCUAUCAAGCUCCGAGCAGACUAUGUCCUCGACGAAGAGCGAGUUGGACCUCGCGUCCCUGAAAAUGAACAGUACCUCCUCCCCCGCCUCAGCGCCCCCCACCCGGAAAUGCCCAAGAAAGUGCAGCGCACGCAAGCCCCCGGCUCGUCGAAAUCCAUAACCGUGCACCUGAAGAGCGCGCGCAACCCCGCAUUCGAAUUCUCGCUACCCAAUGCACCCAUCACCACGACCUCGGUGCAGGACCUCAAAGACGCAGUCCAGGAACGGGUCGUUGACGCACAGGACGGAAAGGUGUCGGUGGAGAAGAUCAAGAUUCUGUAUAAGCGAAAGCCGGUGACGGGGAAGACGAUCGCGGAGUUGCUGGCUGAUGAGCCUGAGAUGUUGGCUGGAGGCAAGGAGGUGGAGUUUGGGGUGAUGAUAAUGGGAGGGGCAAAGGUUGUGGAAGGAGGCAGUAGUGGUGAGGGGGAUGUGAGUGCUGCUGCUGCGCCUAAGGCGGCGGUUGGGCCGAGUGGGGAGGAGGUGUUGAGGAUGGAGGCGUUCUGGGAUGAUUUGCAGGGGUUCUUGGAGCAGAGGUUGAAGGAUAGUGUGUAUGUUAAGGGUAGACCAAUGCUCGCCGGCUUUGAAUACAUUUAUACUUCAAGCUUAGAAAUCAAGCAGUGUACAGGCUGGUGCAAAGGCUCUAAAGGUCAGGGCAAGGAGAUCAUCAUACAGCAUUCAUCCAUAGCACCCCCAAUGUACUGGGGGCCAGGGAUAUCAAGACAUUCAAGUCGACCACACGGUCCGCAAAUCCUAUUCAUAUGGAAACGCACCAAGAAAUUCACUGGUAUCGAAAAGGUCGUGUUAUAA